AUGCCGAAUCCGAUUGUCAACGUAUUCUUCACCACCGCGAACGCGUACAAGACGCAGCCGGCUUUCAAAGCGCACGUCGAGGGCAUAUUGCGAACUUGGGCUCUGUCCAAGUUCGGCAAUAGCAAGUGGCCGGUGCUGAACGUCUAUUCGAGUACCGCACAUCGCGGUUCUACCCCGGCUCGAUACAGAGCGGGGCUUGCGGACCCCAGAAACCAUUGCCAGGUGCGCGUCAAGAACCACCUCGGCGCCGUUAUCUCGGGCAAGAGGGCGCACCACGAUCCAGGAUUUGAGGGACAGGAUUACGUUCCGUAG